UGAGACUAGGGGCGGCUCGUAUCUCCCAUGUGAUACCACCGCGGCGCGGCCCGGUCAGCCAACCACAACAGCUCAGAGCCCGAUCCGCUACUACCGAUCGGCAAACGACUGGAAAUCGGUGCUCGCGCGCGCGCGGCUCCCGGUGCCCCAGUGCGGCGCCGGUAAAUAUAGUCCGGGCCACGGCGGACGGCAGACGGCACUGUGAGGAUCGCAGUGGUGUCUGAGCGAGCCCCGGCCCCGGACCGCCCUCCGCCCACCGCCCUCCACCUACCGACCACCGCCCUCCGCACCAACCGCCAUGGAUGAACUGGACAAGGAACAGAUUGCCAUGCUCAAGAAGGCCUUCGAUGGCUUCGACCACGAGAAGAAGGGCGCCAUCAACUGUGACGUGGUGGCCACCAUCCUGAGAAUGAUGGGCCAGGCCUACAACGCCCAGACACUCAAGGAGCUUAUCGAGGAGGUGGACGCAGACGGCUCCGGGAUGCUGGAGUUUGAGGAGUUCGUCACUCUCGCCGCCAAGUUCAUCAUCGAUGACGACGCCGAGGCUAUGGCCAAGGAGCUGAAGGAGGCCUUCCGGCUGUACGACAAGGCCGGCAAGGGCUACAUUCCCACCUCGUCGCUGAAGGACAUUCUGAAGGAGCUGGACGAGACGCUCAGCGCCGAAGACCUGGAUAACAUCAUCGGCGAGAUUGACACGGACGGCUCCGGCACAGUCGACUUCGACGAGUUCAUGGAAAUGAUGACGGGCUAGACGGACAUCUCCAUGUCCGUCGGGAGGGGUCUUCUGUUACCAACACCGGGAGAGCCGGUGCCGCGAACCGCCCGGCCUGCGACCCUUCCACGAGACAUCACGGCCAGAGCUCUGCUCGCCUCAGCUUCGCUGCCGCACAAGUUUCUCCGAAAUCGAUCGUAAAUCAUUGUACCUAUGUCUUAAGCAUAUGAUAAUGAUGCUACUUAUGCAGAUGACUACAUUUUUGGAAUAAAAAGGAUGUUCCGGG